GGCAAAACCCUACCGCCCACCCCGCGAUUCCCUGAAAUUUACCAAAAUGCCACUCUUCUCCUCCAAAUUCGCGCCGCUGAUCCCCCGCCUCCGCCGCCUCUCCACGGCGGCGGCGACGGCCGGCGGCGAGGACCCGAAGCUGUCGCGCAUCGCCGACGAGCUCCUGGCGCUCUCCUCGGCCGAGCUGGAUGACUACUCGGCCCUCAUGCGCCUCAAGCUCCGGCUCUCGCUCACCUCCAGCCCGGCAGCCGGGCUCGGCCCCGGCGCGGCCGGGGAUGCGGCCUCCGGGUCGGCGGGGGCCGAGGAGGCCGCGGCGGUGAAGACGGCGUUCGACGUCAAGAUCGAGAAGUACGACGCGGCGGCCAAGAUCAAGAUCAUCAAGGAGGUGCGCGCGAUGACGGACCUGGGCCUCAAGGAGGCCAAGGAGCUGGUGGAGAAGGCGCCCGUCGUCGUGCGCGCGGGCCUGCCCAAGGAGGAGGCCGAGGCGCUCGCCGCCAAGCUCAAGGCCGCCGGAGCUGCCGUUGCGCUCGAGUGAUCCAGAGUCGUAAGGUGUCCACAUUGCAUUUUCGAUUCCUAUGAUGCAACGUCUAUGUGUUUGUAUGCGUCUUAAUUUGUUUUGGAUUGGAGUUUGUUGGGAUUGGAGCAAUUAGGUAGGAGUAUAAGAAGAUGCAGGGUUUGCUUGCAUUGUUGUAGCUUAUGACUAGCCUCUAAAGCACAAUCACUGAUAUAUCUUCCUGAAUCACGCAAUAAGGUGUUGCUGCGUUGUGUUC